AUGAAAGCCGUUCAAAUUCUGGGCGACGUUUCGUCCCCAAAUAUCUUCACCAAUUAUUCUAUGGAAACUCCGGAGGUCAAGGACUCAGAGAUUCUCAUCCGGGUUCAUGCUGCUGGAAUUACCGGCGACGAAAUCAUUUGGCCUGAACCGUAUGCUUCUGCCACUCGAAUCCCAGGACACGAAAUAUCGGGUAUUGUCUCAGCACUUGGACCCAAUUACGACGGUCCACUGAGUAUCGAUCAAGAAGUCCUUGCUUUUUUACACACAGAUCGGGGACAGGCACAGGCGGAUUAUGUGGUCUGCUUACCGGAUGAAGUGGCCGUAAAGCCUACUUCAAUAUCCCAUGCACAGGCUGCAGCGUUACCUAUCCCACUUCUCACAGCAUGGGAGGCAAUAACUGACCAUGCUAUGGUUAAGCCUGGCAUGAGAGUCUUCAUCACUGGAGCAUCUGGUGCCGUUGGUAUUAUGGCUGUUCAACUAGCGAGGAAAUUAGCGGGUGCCUUUGUGAUUGCGCUCGCCUCUCCUCGGAAUCAUGAGAUGUUAAAAGGACUUGGUGCAAAUGAAGUGUUGGAUUAUAAUGUUUCAGGUUGGGAAAAGUCUGUGGUGGGGGUUGAUGUGGUCUUUGAUACUGUGGGAGGAGAGGUCCUGGCCAAGACCUGGGAAUGUGUCAAGGACGAUGGAGUGAUUGUUACAGUUGGAGACCCUGCGCCCGAUUGGGCUUUUGGAAGAGGUCAAGCCCCUGAGGCUGUUCAGUGUCCGAAUGUUCGAUAUUUUCAUUUCAUUGUGUCUCCCAACGCGAAGCGGAUGGAAGAUGGAAGUGAGAUGGUUGCUGCUGAAUCUUUGACGACGCUGGCAGUCAAAAGAUUCCCUUUUAAUGAAGCCAAGGCGGCAUGGGGGUAUGCUCAGAAGAGAAACCGAGUAGAGAAGGUUGUGAUUGAUUUCAUAGAAGAGAAUUAG